AGCGGAGGGACGCACACAUGUCCCGUUCGGCACAGGUGCACAGUGGGGAAGCCGCCGCAGGGCUCUCCUUGGGCAUGUACACGGAGAACGGCAUGGAGGAGGCGCUGGAGGACGAAGAAGGAGAGGAGGAGGAAGAGGCGAGGGAGGAGGAGGAGGAGCAGGAAGAAGAUGGAGACCUGGAGGAUGAAGUGGACGCUUCUCGGUUAGAGAAGUUCAUGAGAGACCGAAGGAGAGCGCAGUCUCUGCCAGCACUGCUCAGCUGCGGUGCCGGCGCCAGUGGCGAAAGGAAACGAGUAAAGUUCGCGGACUCCAUGGGUCUGAACUUGGCCAGCGUCAAACACUUUAGCGCUCUGGAGGAGCCGCAGAUUCCCACCAAAGUUCUGUCCCGACACCGGAGUCUCCCGUUGCCGUCCCAACACCAGGAGGCGCUGUUGUGUCAGAACUUCAGGUCCACUGUCAAUUUGGACACCCACCGCCUGGUAACUUGCUUCCCGGAGCCGCGGGACACGGAGCUCAGAGUCCAGCAGCUGCGCGUCUGUCUGGAGAAGGUCUCCAUCACACCCUUCGACGUGCGCGGACAAAUCCGCGUGCUGUGUGACCGGGGCGCAGUCAGGGAGGUCGGGGUCAGGUACACCUUCAACGAAUGGCUGUCCCAUGUGGACGCGCAAGCCUUGCGCGUGUCCGCAGAUGAUGUCCGGGGCCUGCGGGGAGAGCGCUUCUCCUUCACCGUGUACACGCCACCAUUUAUGGACCGCAGCUGCGCAGUACAUUUCGCCGUGUACCUGAAGAGCGAACAGGGGGAGUUCUGGGACAACAACCAGGGUCUGAACUACACGCUCCGGCACCGCAGUGUGCACGGCAACGCGCGUGACAAAUAUUAUGCCUUCUGAGUAUUCUCUAACGGGGGCGUAGAGCCUUUACGUCCGUGCGUAAAACCCUUAAGAAUUCCGCACUCACGCCAUGUGGUGUCGUGAUCGGACUCCCCACGCCGUAGGGUUGUUGGUUCCAAACCUUUGACCUUACAGUCAUCACUGUGUUUGUGUCACUGCUGCUGCUGGGAUCAAAACAAAGAUGCAAAUGCAAAUUGUGACCGUCCAUAUUAACGUUUAUAGGUACAAUUUAUAACACAUUGGCGAAAUUUUAUAAUUAUACUCAAGUGUUUUCGUUUUACAUUUAUCAUGGUUUUAAAAUAAAAGUUUUCUGAGCCUUA